CUUCCUUCGUAAUGGUUGUCCUCUCUGAAUUAUUACAAGAAUCUUCAUCUUCUUCCACAACUCAUGGUGGUCGUCAUAAUUAUGACGUCUUUUUGAGUUUUCGGGGUAUCGACACUCGUCUUAGUUUCACUGAUCACCUCCACGAGGCGCUCCUCAAUGCUAACAUCACUACUUUUUUGGACGAUGAAGAGAUYGAAACUGGACUAUCUUUGAAGCCGGAAUUGGAGAGUGCAAUCAAAGCAUCUAGGGCUUCUAUUAUUGUGUUGUCUGAGAAUUAUGCUUCUUCGUCCUGGUGUCUCGAUGAAUUGGUAUUGAUCCUCGAUCAGAAGAGGACCUCYGGCCAUAUGGUUAUCCCCAUCUUCUAUCAUGUCGAGCCCACCGAUGUACGGAAGCAACAAGGCAGCUUUGGAAUUGCUAUGGCAAAACAUAAACAGAGGAUGGAAGCUGAGACGAAUGAGGAGGAAAAACAUCAAUUGGUUGAGAAGAUGAAUAAAUGGAAGAAAGCACUUGAAGAAGUUGCUAAUUUAAAAGGGAAGGAUGCAAAGGGAUGGCAAGAGACUAAGUUUAUUGAAGAAAUCGUUACGGACAUCUACCAUAGAUUAGGUGUACCCUUAAGGACUGCUCUACCGCUUCUUUGUGGGAUGGAAAAGUCUAUACAGUUUAUCACCUCAUGGUUGAAAGAUGGAGCAUUGCAUACCGCUGAUAUUCUCACUAUUUUUGGUUUGGGCGGCAUAGGGAAGACAUCUUUGGCCAGAUAUGUUUACGAGUUACAUUGUCGAUUGUUCGAUAGAAGCAGCUUUAUUGAAGGUGUCAAUGAGAAAUGUACUCAACAGGUUAAUGGACUACUUGAUUUACAAAAUCAACUUUCUCACGACAUUUCAAAAACAAGUCCCAUUCAUGUUCAUGAUGUUUUCAGUUACACCUCUAUCAUUGAGAAUGCACUAGCUCGUCAAAAGGUGUUUAUAGUUCUUGAUGAUAUUGAUAGUCUCAGACAGCUGGAUGCAUUACUCGGAAAGAAAGGUUUUCAUCCAGGUAGCAAAAUUAUAAUAACGACUAAAGACUCAUCAUUGAACGAGAAAUAUGCAUUAAUCAAUUCAAUAGUUCAACCCAAGCAUACGAAGCUCUUUCUUGAAGGCUUAGAUGGGCAAUCAUCAUUACAACUUUUAAGUUAUCAUGCGUUCAAGGGCAACAAUCCUAAGAAAGGUUAUGAAGAAGUGUCAAAAAAGCUUAUGGCAUAUUGUCAAGGGCAUCCAUUGGCUCUUAAAGUUUUGGGUGAGUCUUUGCAUAAGAGAGAUGUGGCUGAAUGGGAGGAACGCAUAGAAGGUCUAAAGGAAGAAAUGGAUUCCCGUAUUCAAAAGGUGUUGCAAGUGAGCUUUGACUCUAUGCCAUCUAACAACGAUAAGGAAUUGUUUAAGCAUAUUGCUUGUUUUUUUGUUGGAGAAGAUAGAAACUACAUUGAAACAAUAUUGAAGGCAUGUAGUAUUCGCACACUACAUGGGAUCACAAAUCUCAUUGAUAGAUGUCUUCUUACGAUCGGACCAAGGAAUGAGUUAAAGAUGCAUCAGUUGCUUCAAGAGAUGGGAAGAGAUGUAGUACGCCAAGAAUCACCAAACAAGCCAUGGAAGCGUAGUCGAUUAUGGUGUCAUGAGGAAUCAUUCAAUGUGUUGGAACAAAACAAGGUAACAUGCCAUUCAUACUUGUCAUCGUCACUACAGCAAAAUUAGGUUUAUAGAACACCAACAACUUCUAAGCGUCUUAAUAGACUGCUUUAGACACUACUAAAUGAAAGACUUUUUUACCUACAAACUUUUACCUGGGAAAAGUCUGUCGCUAAAGGGUGAUUUGUCACAAACCGUCACAA